AUGAGUAUGGAUAUCCCAUCCAAGUUCAAUUUCUUCAAAGGUCAUCCGUCAUUUGAUUUACUCCCACGUGAAGAAAUUCUCGAGGCAACAACACAACUAUUGGCUUCUAAGGAAAGACCCUACGAUUCAGACACGUCAAAUAGGCAUCCUUUAACCUAUGGGUCCAAUGAAGGUGCACAUUGGGUGCGUUCGACUAUCUGUAAAUUUAAUAAUGAAGAAAUUUUCAAAUUUGGGGAAAAUUAUGGUGCCAGGAGUGCUCCAGAAUGCUUAAACCUAACGAGUGGAGCGUCGUACGGUGUUUUAAAUAUUUUGUUACAGUGUACUUUGCCCCAUAAUAACUACACGAGACAAGCAUUUAUUAUUUCACCAACAUAUUUCCUCAUUAAUGAUUGUUUCAUUGACGCUGGAUUCCAUGGUAAGCUUACUGCAAUAAAUGAAAUGGGAACUGAUUCAAUUGAUUUUGACACUUUGGAAAGUAAUUUGGCUGAAUUGGAUAGUAUUAAAGCGGAUGUAGGCACACAGUGUAUAACGAAAAAUGAAAAUUCAAAAGGUAAAAAAAUUUAUAGAUACGUUUUAUAUUGUGUGCCAACGUACUCAAAUCCAAGUGGACAUACAUAUUCCCUUACCACAAAGCUGAGAUUGCUCGAGCUUGCCAGAAAAUACGAUAUAUUGAUUAUAACAGAUGACGUGUAUGAUAUUUUAAAUUACGUUGACCCACUGGACGCACUACCUACACCGCCUAGAAGAUUUGUUCAUUUAGAUAGGGAAACUGUCAUGGAUCCUUACGGAAAUACUAUUUCCAAUUGCAGUUUCUCCAAAUUAAUUGCACCUGGUCUGAGAUUUGGCUAUCAAGAAACCGUUUCAUCAAUGCUCUCACAGCAACUGUCCAACGGGGGCGCUAAUUCGUCUGGAGGUACGCCAUCACAAUUGAAUUCAAUGAUUGUAGGGACCAUGAUUGAAAAGGGACUUCUAACAAAAUCAAUUCAGGAAUUUAGAUCUGUUUAUAAAAAUCGAGCCGAUACUCUUUAUUCGUCUAUUAAGAAGUUUCUACCAGAAAAUACAAUUGUUGAAAAGCAAAAAGGUGGAUAUUUCUCAUGGAUAACCUUGCCUAUGGGGUAUGAUGCAAAGGAAGUAGGGAAAAGAUUGAAAAUCGCCUCUGUUUUGGUUGCUAAUGGUUCAGAAUUUGAAGUAAUUGGCGAUCCUAAAUAUUGGGGUAGUAGGUCCAUGAGAUUAUCUGUUAGUUUUCUGGAUACUACGACUAUUGAGAACGGUAUUGAAUUGUUUGGCUCCGUGUGCAAGGACUAUGCAGCUGAAUUCGAUUUACCAUUUUAG